AUGAUGUUGCUGCGACGACUGUUGUUUUUUAUGGCACUUUUUUUGAGUGUUGCCUGCGUGUGUGUGGUGGCUGGAGAGACUGGAGAACAGGCAGAACGUACAUGUUCUGAUCCCUUAACUGUUGCUGAUGAUAAUGGUGGUUGUGAUCCAGGCAAGAAGGGUUGCAAGUGUGAAAAUAAACCCAGUGAAGAUCUUCCUGAGUGUACGGAACCUGAGAAGGAGAAAUGCAGUAACGAGGAUGGUGGUAGUGAAGGAGAGUGCCGUAAAGAUACUACACCUCCUUGUCGACCAAAGGAACCAGAAGAUAAUCAAACAAGGAACCUGGUACUGUUGGUGCUCUGA